AUGGCCACGGUCACUGCCCCCGAAGCUUCAGCCCUGCUCCGGGUUCCUUUUGGGGUGGGAGGGGGCAGCAUCCCCGAAAAGCGUGUCGACAGGGUGGAGUGUGCCCACCUCGGGAGCCGGCUUCAGCCCCCCCCCACCCCUGCUUUCUACCUUGCAGGUCUGGGCAGCGCGGUGGGAGCGGGCAGCCCCUGCGAAAAAGCCUGCAACCCUCGGAUGGGCAACCUGGCCCACGGGCGGGCGCUGCGGACGGAGACGGCCUGCGGGCGCCAUGCCGCCGAACUCUUCUGCGCCUACACCGAGGACGCCCAACGCCGCUGCAAGCUCCCCACCUGCAGCCGGUGCAGCGGGGCCCACGCAGGGCUGGCUCACCCCCCGGCAGCCAUGGCCGAUUCCCCUUUCCGCCUGCCCCGCACCUGGUGGCAGUCGGCGCGGGAUGCUUCUCGCGAAACCAUCCGGCUGGACCUGGAAGCCGCCUUCUACUUCACUCACUUGAUUUUGGUCUUCAAGUCGCCCAGGCCGGCCGCCAUGGUGCUGGAGCGCUCCCAGGACUUCGGCGAGACGUGGAUGCCUUACAAAUACUUUGCUGCUAACUGCUCGGCCACCUUCGGGCUGGAGGAUGACGUGAGUCAGAGAGGAGCCAUUUGCACUUCCAGAUAUUCCAGUCCCUUCCCCUGCACCGGAGGAGAGGUGAUAUACCGAGCCCUGUCACCGCCUUUCGCCGCAGAAGACCCGUACAGCGCGGAAGCCCAGGCGCAGCUGAAGAUCACCAACCUGCGGGUACGGUUGCUGGAGCGGCAGGGUUGCCCAUGCCUCCCGGCCAUCCCGACCCCCCGGUCCCCACAGCCCCCGCCGCCCCUGCACUACGCUAUCUACGACUUCAUCGUGAAGGGCAGCUGCUUCUGCAACGGCCACGCUGACCACUGCGUCCCCGUCGCCGGAUUCAAGCCCGUCAAGGCGGCUGGUGUUUUCCAUGUGGUCCAUGGGAAAUGCAUGUGCAAGCACAACACGGCCGGGUCCCACUGCCAGCACUGCGCCCCGCUCUACAAUGACCAGCCUUGGCAGGCUGCCGACGGCAAAACCGGAGAACCCAAAGAGUGUCAAUCGUGCAAGUGUAACGGGCAUGCCGAUACUUGUCAUUUUGACAUGGAUGCGUGGCUGGCAUCGGGCAAUCGCAGCGGUGGCAUCUGUGACAACUGUCAGCACAACACGGAGGGGCAGCACUGCCAGCGCUGCAAGCCGGGCUUCUACCGCGACCUCAGGAAGCCUUUCUCUGCCCCAGAUGCCUGCAAACCUUGCUCCUGCCACCCCCUGGGAUCGGCCGCGCUCCCCUUGGGUCCCCGCACCUUCUGCGACCCCAGCACCGGUGACUGUCCCUGCAAACCCGGUGUGGCCGGACCCCGCUGCGACCGCUGCCUCCCCGGCUACUGGGGCUUCGGUACCUACGGCUGCCGACCCUGCGACUGCGCCCGUACCUGCGACCCCCGCACCGGCGACUGCCGCAGCAGUGGCUCGGACAUGACCUGGCACAACGAAGCACCUCCUUUCCAGGCGAUCCUCAACGAAAGCGAGCCCGCCUGGGGCUGGGAGGACGAGCAGGGCUUCUCGGCGCUCCGGCACUCUGGUAAAUGCGAAUGUAAAGAGCAAGUUUUAGGAAAUCGCAAGGUCUUCUGUGGGAUGAAGUACACCUACGUGAUCAAGGCGAAGAUCCUGUCAGCUCAUGACAAAGGCUCCCACGCAGAAGUCAAUGUGAAGAUCAAGAAAGUCUUGAAAUCUACAAAGCUGAAGAUCCUCCGGGGCAAGAGGACCCUCUACCCCGAAUCCUGGACUAACAGAGGCUGCACUUGUCCCAUCCUCAAUCCCGGCUUGGAGUACCUCGUGGCAGGACAUGAGGACAUCCGAACGGGCAGACUCAUCGUCAACAUGAAAAGUUUUGUCCAUCAGUGGAAGUCGGCUCUUGGAAGAAAGGUCCUGGAGAUUUUGAAAAGAGACUGCAACUAG